GCCUAGGGUCCGAAAAAAGUUCCCGGGGUGUGGACCGGCCGUCGCAGCGCUCGCACACCACACAAGAGAAAAAAGCCCUGGCCUUUUGUCAAAUUCGCACAUCGCCAGCAAGGACGGUAGUUUUCCAGACAACGACCACCUCAACCAGCCAAAAUGUCUAAGCGCACCAAGAAGGUCGGAAUCUCCGGCAAGUACGGUACUAGAUACGGUGCUUCGCUCCGUAAGCUGGUCAAGAAGCAGGAAGUGUCCCAGCACGCCCGCUACACUUGCACCUUCUGCGGCAAGAACACUGUCCGUCGCUCCUCCGUCGGCAUCUGGUCUUGCAAGGCCUGCAAGAAGACCCUGGCUGGUGGUGCCUACACCGUCUCCACCCCCGCCGCCGCUGCCAUGCGCUCCACCCUCCGCCGUCUCCGUGAGAUCACUGAGGUUUAAGGUGGUCGUUUAGCUGGCAUUUUUGGUCUUUCGGGUUAGGUGUCAUGGAAAAGGACAAUUGGGGAUCUGCGGAUUUACUUUGGGAUGAAACAGAUUUCCUUCAAUAACGACUUUGCUGCUGCCCAUUACGACAUCACUAUUGCGUGGUCUGGAGACGGGGCGAUCUAGACAGGGAGUUUUACCGGCGUCUCUUUCCUCACAUUGAAGCAUGGCUUGGGAAGAUGUCUUAAAAGAUCGCCAGGUUUGAUUUACGGUAGACAAUGACCAUGAUACCCUUUCCUGUUGGCCAAAUCCGACGACCCUCCAGCAUUUUGGUGAUCGGAUGUUCGCAAACACAUAUUUAGAACUCUUUCUUGUCACGCUCCUGGUUCGCGGGUUCCUGCAUUUGUAGAACGGCAAGCAAUGGAUUUGGAAGCGCUCUGAACUUGCCUGACGGCCGCCUCUGAAGAAUGGAGCUGAAGGGCACGCGGAUGUGAUGACGGCAUUAGAUGGGGUACAUAAAGUUUGAGCUUGGAAAGAGGACCGGUCAGAUGCGAUUUGUGCGACGACCUAGGCAAGAUGAGCACACGCUUCGCGGUUCCCGAUUUAUACACCACGACAGUGCAUACCCGAGUGAUAAUUGCGUGAUAGUCCCAUGUUCUCAGCUCCUAGCUUCCACAUUGCCACAUCUCGUGAGCCUGUCACAACACAUGGGCCGAAACGCAUCCCGGUAUCAACUUUGAUCGUGAAGAGGAUUGCAGAUAAGGAAUCUCUAGCAUCGGCAGCCAACGGGGUCGGUGUGAUCCACCGACUCUACCCCUGUCAGACCAACGACUCAACGAGGUCUCGAGGACUGUCCUCCCGGU